AUGGAACAUCCUCCUACAAACUCAAAACUUUACCAGAGGCAGGAGCGCUCCAUAUGUAAAGUGUAUGUCCCAUCCAAAACUCUGAAAAUUGGUCAAUCUUCAUCUGCUCCAAUUUCGUCUCCUGGUCGAAUCCCAACAUCGGUAUCUCUCCCUGUUUCAUUUGAAAUACAUCGUUCAAACAUCUCUACAACUCCACACCCACCUCAGCUUCCGAGGCCACCUGUUCAGGCUUUACUGCAGAUGGAACAAGGGAUUUCCGUACAGAGAAAUGUUCAUGUGCAUGAGUUACAGAUGAUGCAACGUUCUCAGGAGCUUUCAAAUGGUGGAAUGUCAUUACACGAGUAUUUUAAGUCUCCAGAGGCCAUUCAGUCUUUGUUGAGUGAUCGCGAUAAGCUUUGCCAGCUGUUGGAGCAGCAACCAAAAUUAAUGCAGAUGCUUCAGGAAAGCCACCAAACAUCAACCACGAACAACCAUUCCCGUUCCCUUUCCUCCACCUCAGCUUCCCCUGGCCUUAUCCUUGUUGAUUCCGCGGAAGAGUUCGAUAAAAUCCUUAGCAAAGUUCAAGAUGACUCGUUGCACGCGAUUUUCUAUUUCACUGCUGUUUGGUGUGGACCUUGCAGGUUCAUUUCUCCUAUAGUUGGGGAGCUCAGUAAGAAGUAUCCUAAUGUGGCAACUUAUAAGAUUGACAUUGAUCAGGAAGCAAUUCAAGACACAUUGAGCAGGUUGCAGAUUACAUCUGUGCCGACACUUCACUUCUUUCAAAAUGGGAAAAAGACUGAUGAACUUAUAGGUGCAGAUGUUGCGCGAUUGAAUCAUAUUACAGAGAAACUCUUCAAGAAGGACUAA